UCACGAUCGCGGCCACGAGAACCGGAGCUACCGGUAAAGGAGCCGGGAUACGGAGGCGACGGGAGCAGCUCCUGAGGCGAGCGGCGGGGCGCAGCGCGCAUGCGCCGGGAAGACGUGACGUAAGACGUAACCGCACGUGCGGCGCGUGCCGCGGUGCGUGCUGGGAGCUGUGGUCCGCGGCCUGUGGCGACCGGAUCCCCCCGCCCUUAUCGCCGCCCAUAUCGCGACACAACCGCGCACCGCGGCAAAGAUGGCGGCGAGCAGCGGAUCGGAGGCCGGGCCCGCAGCGACGGCUCCGGUGUCGUUCGGGUUCAGCCGUAAAGCGCAACGGAGGCGGCUGCUGCCGGUGGGGGCGGGGCCAGGGGGCACCGGAGACACCGGAGACACCGGAGACACCGAACCCCUCACGGCCGUGGAGGGCCGGGAGCUGCUCAGCUCCCGGCCGGCCCCGCCCCCUCCUAAGGACCUCGUGAUCCCGCUCAUCCCCUCCCACCGCUGGCGGAACCCGGAGCCCCCGCCCACCGCGGGGUCAGACCCCGCCCCCUCGGCUGACCCCGCCCCCACCGCCGCAAGCCCCGCCCCCUCCGCUGACCCCACCCCCUCCGUGGAGGCACAGGCGGUGCAGGAGCUGCUGCAGGAGGCGCGGCAGAGCCAGACCCAAACCGAUGGUGACCCUGGACCCCCCCUCUCCAUCCCCAUCCGGCUGCAGGCUCCGGACGUCGCCUCCCGGCCAGAGCCCGGCCCCCAGGACUAUGCGGCAGUGCCGGUGCAGGCCUUCGGGCUGGCCAUGCUGCGGGGGAUGGGCUGGAGACAGGGCGAGGGCAUCGGGCGCACGUUCAAGAGGGUGGUGAAGCCCCUGGAGCAGCGCCUGCGCCCCCGCGGCCUGGGGCUGGGGGCAGACCCCGCCCCCCCCGGCGCCCCCCGCCCCCCCCGGGGGGGGGUUGGGGAGGACCCCAAUGGGGGGGGGCUGAAGGUCGGAGCCGUCGUUUGCAUCGAGGCCGGACCCCAUCGGGACAUGGUCGGGAAGGUGGAGGGGCUGGAGCCAGAGACCGGCAGGGCUGUGGUGAGGCUGGAGCUGGGGGGACAGGCGGUGACAGUGAACCAGUACAGCCUGAGGCUGGGCCCCCCCAAGGGGAAGGAGACGGAGGAGGGGCCGGACCCCAGCGACCCCCCUCAGAAGGGGGGGGACAAGAGGAAGCAGCAGCCCCCUGAGACAGAGAGGGCAGUGAAGCAGAUCCGAGGAGCCCCCCCCGGGCCCCCCCCAUGGCUGCGCCGGGACCUGCGGGUUCGCUGCAUUGACCGAGGCUUCCAGGCCGGGCGCUACUACAACUGCAAAAUGGUGGUUGAGGACAUGGUCACCCCUGACACCUGCGUCUGCCGCACGGACCAGGGGCUGCUGGUGGAGGGGCUGACGGAAGCCAUGUUGGAAACCGUCAUCCCCCGCGGCGACAGCGACCGCGUCCUGGUGGUGCUGGGAGAGCACAGGGGCAAGGUCGGCCGCAUCCUGGAGCGGGAGCCAGGCCGGAGCCAGGCUCUGGUGCAGCUGCUGCGGGACGAGGCCGCGGGUCACGUGGUGCCGCUGGACUACGACGCCAUUUGCCAUUACGUGGGGGGGCACGAGGACGAUUGAGGCCCCCCCCCCCCCGUCUGACACCAACAUGGCCGCCCCCACGGCGGCUUCAGGGCAAUAAACGGUGCCCAAAUGGCCAA